GGAAGACGACCAGAUUCUCACCUCUUGGGACAUUGAUUGGAGACCCUUUUUGAUAAUUGUCAUAUUCUAGCGACAUCGCUAACAAUACUACUGAGCCAUAUUCUGAUUAUCGAGCCGCACCGUGUGGCCACUAGAGUCUGAAUAAAAACUAUCCGAUAUCCUCGCAGCACACCAUCCCCAAAGAUCUAAAUCUACCAGGAGCUUUUCCUCAAGACGAAGACAAGAGCGUUUACUUUUCCUUCAAUUUCAUUCUAAAUUUAUACAAUGGCCUCUCAGACCGCCCUCUCAGCACGCGGUGCUUACCGUCAACUCCUCCGCGCUACCCGGGUUGCCUUCCAGGAUGACGUCCGUGUUAUGAUUGCCGCCCGUCAAGAAGCCCGCCGGAAUUUCGACAGUCACCGCCGCCAUGGCAUUGAUACCCCGAUGCAGAUCAAUCAUGCGAUCGAAGUGGCGAAUAUCCUCAAGCACAACAUUGUACAGGGUGUCCGGGAAGAGGGCAAGGAGGAUGCCAAGUGGGAACUCCGCAUCCAUGACGAUAUUGAGCGCGGCGACAACGACUCGAUCAAGAUUGCAGGAAAGAAGGUCAAGGUGGAUAAACCAUGCUCGGCAUAGUGUUCCUUAAGAAGCAUAUGCGUGGGUGUAAGGAUGGCUGCAGACUAUUGCAUUUGCAGAUUGUAUUAUAGUAUACCCAAACUUUUCUCUCUCCUUCCGGCGUCUCUUUGGGGGUAUUUUAUGGUUUAAUCAAAAUGUAGAAAUACACAACGCCCGCUCACGAACAUA